AUGGCUAGGGUGGCGGCGGUGGCCAUGUGCGCGCUGUUAGCGCUGGUGGUGGUCGGUCCGCCGUCGGUGGCAGCACAGGACUGCGAUGCGGGAAAGUUGAUCGUGUGCGCGGCGGCGAUCAUCGGCGGGGCGGAGCCGUCGGCGUCGUGCUGCACGAACCUGAAGGCGCAGCGAGGCUGCCUCUGCAAGUACGCGAGCAACCCCGCGUAUUCCGGUUACAUCAACAGCCCCACCGCCCGCAAGACCCUCGCCUCCUGCGGCAUCCCCAUCCCGACCUGCCCGCAGUAG